ACAUUAGGAAAACACCUAAAAUAUACUUUAAAAAAAUUACUAGAGAACAAAAAAUUGCUUUGAAGAAGAGAAAGAAGUAGAUUUGUAUUGAGGAGAGAUUAAUUUGAGAACACUUUACAAGAAUGAGUACGCAUCAGUCGACACACUCGUCACUACCAUCAAUUGGUCCUUCGGGUUCACCUACAUCUCUCACGGCCUCUGAGAGAGGUUUUUCGGGCACAGCAAGUCUACAGAACAGCAAAUUGAGCAUUAAUUCUAAACCACAGUCACCCCAGCCAUCUCAGCCGGGUGAAGUAGAGCCAACGUUCCUGGAGAAAGCGAAAUUUUAUACAUCACUAUGUUUAGGAACAACAGCAAUUUUAUCAGUGUUUGCCUUCCUCUUUUUGAUACCAUUCGUCGUUGAUCCAGCAAUUUCAACAAUUGUUGCUGAUUAUGAUCAUGUUCCCGUGACCUGUAUUGUUGUAGAUCAUUCUUAUGCUGAGGGAUUGAGAAAUUGCACAUGGAGCUCAUGUCGAGAAGGAUGCACUACAGCACCGCUCAAAUGUCACCAAUUACUGGUGAAUUAUACAAAAAUCCCGUGGCAUGAAUGGCAAAAGGAGCCGAAGGACAUUACAGAAGUUACAUGGGAUGUCGGUGAGACGCGUUUUCUUGUAAAUUCCGAGGGAUGCGGCUACCCGCCACGUGUAAAUUGCUCAGAAUUUGCCAAAAAAUUUGGUUUCUCUCACAUGGGCGAACCAUUUCCGUGCUUCUAUAGUCGGGCAUAUCCGGAGCUUGUCAUUGCACGCUACUCCUGGGAAGACAACCUAAAACACCUAAUUCUCUCUCUAAUCAUCCCCAAUGUGCUAUUUGCUAUUUCUAUUGGUGUUCUCAGUUAUUGGUAUUGUCCGUGCUGUGAUAAAGCAUGCCAUAAGACAACUAGAAUUUAUGCAGAGAAAUUCCCGACCAAAGAAGACAAACUGUUAUGUCGCAGUGAUGAUGAGGAUGAUGAAUUGGAUUACUAAAUAACAUGACUCAAAAAAUAAAGUGCAAAUCUCUAAAGCUUUUCAUCGAUUUUAUCACACUUAAGUCUCACACAAUCAGUUUCAUUGAUAUGUUUUUAUCUUUCAAAAAUUUAUUCACACAAAUAUUUAAAUAGAUAGUUAUAAUAGUAAAUGAAGUGAUGAAACUCAAUAGAACUAUUAUGCAAGAAAACUAAACAGCCAAAUCUAACACUCAUUUCUCAGUAAUUUGCAAAAGCAACCUUCAUAAUCAUACAGUGUCGAGCCAUUUUUUUUCUUUUACUAAAUAAAAUAUUUUAUACCUACUUUUAAUAAUUCAUCUUAUUUUGUUAAAUCACGUAUAAACGUACCUCUUGAUUGCAUUGUUAAUUUUUUAAGAUUAUUUCUUUAAUUUUUUAAAAAUAUACUACUUGAUACAGAAAACAUGGUUAAUGCAAGAAAUGCACAUUUCUUUUUUAAAUUCAAAAUAAAACUUCAAAAAUCAUUCACUUGAAUAAAUAACAGAAUAUGCAAAUAUACCUAAUUUUUUGCAGAAAAUUAAUGCACUGAAGUGUACGUUUUGUUUUUAUUUUCUUUCUUGUAGUUACUAAUUUUUCAAUAAAAACGGACUUUGGCUCGUGGAUUUUCAUAAAUUAAUUCCAAUGAGAAAUUGAGACAAUUCUUUAACUAUAGUCCAAAAAAAUCUAUAUACCCUACAUACUACUAAACACUAAUUUAUUUUUUAAAGUUCUCAUUAUCUUUUAUGUAUCCUUAUCUGUUGUACAUAAGUAUGGUAACUAUUAUAUAAAACAAUCACAGCAAAAUACUGUAGAAUACAACAACGCAAAAAAUGUGGAAUAUACAGAAAUAUUUGUGAAAAAUUAUAUAUACCACAAAAUCACACUUCACAUAAAACCGUCUAAAAAUUUUGAUUUCACUUUUGUGUUUAAUUCUCUGUGGUCACAAAUUUUAAUUUUUAAAUUAAAAAUAAUUAACAAUUUUGUUUGUUUUCUCUUCACUACAACAUCAACACACAGGUUUACAAUGGCUUUUUGAAGUCGACAAAUAUGAUUGUAAUAAUUUUCUAAUAUUAUACUUAAACAUAAUCCAAUAAAAAACAUAUAACACUGUUUAAUUUAAAAAAAAAAAUAAUUAGAAAACAGCAUAAGAUUUGUAGGAAGAUUCUAAAAAUUCUUCAUUAAUAAACUGCAGUUAAAGAAAAUUUCUAAAAGCACAAAAAUACUUCUUGCAAUUUGUGAUAAAAAAGAUGCAUUAAAUAUCCAAAAAUUAGUUAUUAUUACAUUUUAAUCUUCUUGAUAAACACCAUACACAGAGAAUGAAAAAAAAAUGAGAGAAGCAUUUUUCGAGUCGUUGAACAAGCUAAGCUGCCUCUAUGCCAUAAUAAUAAAUAAAAUUCUGAUAGAAAUAUUAAAAUAACAAAUUUAACACAAAUUAAUAAGAAAAAAAUAGAUAAAUUUCAAAAGUAAAUAUUUUUGUUUUUUUUUGUGAUAACAUUUUUAUUUUGUUGAAACCAUCUUCAAAAGAUAUUAUAAAAAAAAUUGUUUUUUUUUAAUUUGAAGCUUCAAAAUUUAAUUAUGUAUAUUUCAUUAUCGGCCUUUCUGUAUUUCCCCGUGCUUAAGAGUAAAUAUGGGAUCGAAAAAUAUGUAAAGAAUGAUAUUGCAUUUUAAAUGUAUUGUUAUGUAAAAAGCAAAGUUAAAUAAUUACUGUGAAAAAAAGAAUUUUUGUAUACAAUGCGAAUUAAUUUAAAUAGUGGUUCCUUCUAAAAAGGGGGAGCUUUUUCAGAGCAUAAAACAUUUGUUAAACUUUUUGAAAUAAGCGCUGAAAUAAAUUAUUGCUUAAGAA